AGAGGAAAAAACCAUCACUUCAGAGCACUGGCGCGCCUAACUGCACAUAGUGAUUAUCUGUGCAUCGUAUCGCAAUUGUUCCUAUCAGGAAGGAAGCUAAGAGAAAAAGCACAAAAAAAAAUAAAAAAUUGCUGCGAGCGGCUGCCAGAUUGACGACCACAUUUGCGCAGCUGCAUAUCGCACUUUGAGGACCGAGUGGGAUGCAUCGCGAACAAAAGACCUCCAUCUGUUGUACUGCGUUCCCUCUGAUGCCCGUCGGCUGCUGCUGAGCAAAGAAGCAGAGAAGGGUGUAGGGGUAAGGAACAUCCUAAAACUGCGAUGACAGAAGACCGCAUCUACAUUUGAAAAUAAGGAAGGAGAGACGAGGGAGAAACACGGGCAACAGCAGCUUUCAGGGGUCCUCAGAGCUGCGCAUUUGAAGAGGAGAGGUUGGUCAUGGUCGGACGGGGAUUGUGCAAAGCCAGAUUUGGAAAGCGUGGGAGCAGGCUUGCUUAUCUGCCUUUUCUGUGCGCAGUUAUAGCGUGCGCAGCGCUGCUUGCUCUGCUCUUCGUGGACUUCAUAGAAUUAUGGGUCACCUCCAUGGGCUUGAGCGCGGUAGUGGAACCACACGCCGGCAUCAUCCCUCCGCAGAGCGUCCCCCCCACUCGACCCGAGGAGUUCUUGCUUAUGCCAAGCCCGCUCGUGUGUCAGCGUGCCAAGCCUUACCUCAUCACUUUGGUUACAUCUGCACCUGCCAAUCAGCGGGCACGCCAAGUCAUCAGGGACACCUGGGGAGGGGAGGUUGAGGUGAGAGGCCUGCGGGUCAUGACCCUUUUCAUGGUGGGUGUGGCAACUGACCCUGGACUGGGUAAGCUGAUGAUAGAGGAAGCCCGGGAGAAAGGUGACCUGAUUCAGGGGCGUUUUUUGGACACCUAUUCCAACCUCACCCUCAAGACCCUGUCUAUGCUGGGCUGGGUCCGCCGGUUCUGCCCCCAGGCUCACUUCAUGGCUAAAGUGGAUGACGAUGUGUUGUUUAAUCCCAAUGCACUCUUACAUUUCCUGAACAAAAGCCGCAACCCUUAUGAACAAGGAGACUUGUACCUUGGCAGAGUGCAUCUUCAUGUGGCGCCAGACCGUGAUCCAGACAGCAAGCACUACCUCCCUGCAGGGGCUUACCCUGCUUCUGUCUUUCCAGACUAUUGCAGUGGUACAGCCUAUGUUCUGUCCCGCUCUGCAUUGCUCAAAAUCUUCCUGGCAGCCUCCACAUCACCUUUAUCCACACCUCUGCCUCCUGAGGAUGUGUUUGUAGGUCUGUGUGCCCGGACAGCUGGAGUGCUGCCCUCACACUACCCUCUCUUCUCAGGUGGACCAGGUGUGCCAUACGGACACUGCUGCUAUCAGGCCAUGGUAUCCAUCCACCACAUCUCACCCAGGGAGAUGCUGCACUACUGGGCUGAAAUCCAUUCAUCACCCCCCUGCUCCUGGCUGGGUCAAAGAGCCUCACUGGGGAUGUGCAAAGUCAGGGCGAUGCUGGGAUCAGUUCUGGGACUGGAACAAGGAUUGUGAGGAAUAAUAUAAAAUCAAACCAGACUCACUGGAACUGUCCCUCGCUUUAGAACAGCACAAGUGCUCUUCAGGCUGUGAAUCUAUUAUGUGCACAGAGAAAAUAUCUCUUUAGAGCUUUAUUUUUGUAAACACUUUACCAUGUUUAUUUUUUAUUUAUUUUUUAAGCUAAAAAUAGGAAAAUAAGGUGGUGGUGGUAUGGAAAGCUGUUGCAGAGCAAACAUUAGCAUGCUGAAAAAAAACAGCUGUUUAUGUAAUGAAUGCACACAGCAACAAAGCUCCCUGACACGCUAUAUCUGAUAUUUAUAGGCUCCAGCCCUCAUAUAUUUAAACACCUGUGCAGUUUUUCACCAGGUACGUCAGUAGCAGUUUGUCUAAAGGCCUAAAUGCAUGUCUACACUGAACUGUGCAAUAGAUAUCAAAUUACAGGAUUUGUAAACUAUACAUCAGUGAAAAUUAAUUAUCUUCACUGAAUUAAUUGUCUUGAAAUUUAAUAACAGAGACAGGAUUGGGAACCCACUAACUGGACUACUGAACCUGGAUACAGUGAGAUACAAUUAGCUAGUUCUGAAAACAUAGAAACAUUUUUUUUCUUUCAUUGGCUUACUCUGAGACAAUGAAACUGAUGUUACUGACUGCUGCAGUGCCAAGCAAUAGAAGUCUUUUAAACUUUUCAGUGAAAUAGUGAGAUAAAACACAAGCCACACAUUUGCAAUGAUGUAGAUAAAACACAAUGUGAUAUGUCUAGCCAUGGGAAGAAAGUCUGUGUUUACACUCAGGAAAUACAUGUAUGAAUCCAAUUCAGGCACCAAUAAAUCUCCACAUAUAAACAAAAACUGGUCUGUUUUGUUUCAAUUAGAUACUUCAACCAAACUGUGCUCUAAAUUUUCUAUCUAAAAAAAACAUGUCUGAGGGUUUAAAACACUUUCUUUUACACAGUGAUGUGGUUUACACAUCUCUAGUGACAGGACUCCUAGAAUAACAUUAUUAGCAAAGCAAACCUUCAAAGAAAUAAUUUAAUCAAAAGACUAAAUUUCCUCAAAGCUGUUGUUGAAGUAAAAAAAAAGACAACCAAAAAGACACUGAAGAUGGAUGAUGCAGUGGCAUUUAUUCCACAUAGAAAUAAACCCGAUUCUUACUGGGGAAAACUGAAAAAGGUCCUUGAAUGAGUGUGAAUGUGGGCUUUAAGGUAUGAAAAGCAGAGCGGCCUAUUGUCCAUCAGGAGCUGAGCUGGCUAGUUUUCAACCUGCAACAUGGGGAAGGGAUCUAGGGUCUUGGGGUUGUAAUGUCGGUCAGUGAUUCCCAGUCUAUUUUCCUUCAUGCAGCUGCCAAAAACUAAUGGACCUCCCCACCCUAUCCACCCACCUCAUGCUCAAACUGUGCUUUAUUCUUUCAUUUGCUAGGUUCUCGUCAUAAAUGAUGCAUUCUAGCUCAGUCACGUCAUUUGAUAACAAAAACUAAACUAGGUAACUAUUAACAUAUAGCAUUACUUUUUUUAAAUAGACAAUUCACCCACACUAUGAUUUUCUCAGACCUGUUUCAUUAAUGAAAGGUGCAGAAAAAAAAUCAAAGUUACAGGAUAGACGUGAACUACCGAAGCUCUACUAGCUCACUCAUCUCACUAAACCACAGCGCUGAUAAAAAUUGAUUGGAUGCACAGGGGUGGCCUACUAAAAAGCUUUUUUUGUUGUUGUUUGACUAAGGAUAUAUGUUUUAAAAUAUUAUUGUGUAGCAGAUUUUGAUGACCUGCAUUUAUUCAUUUUGGUUCCUGGUUUUAAAAGUUGGUGUUUCAGUCUCCCAAAAUGCCUGUUCCAUGUGAA